AUGGCGGCAAAGGGAGAAGGACGGGCAAUUGGGAUCGAUCUGGGGACAACAUAUUCAUGUGUGGCAGCGUGGAAGCACGACCGCAUUGAGAUUAUACCAAAUGAUCAGGGGAAUCGCACAACCCCGUCUUACGUUGCUUUCAGUGGCGCUGAUCGUCUCAUCGGUGACGCUGCUAAGAAUCAAGUCGCCAGUAAUCCCGUCAACACCGUUUUCGAUGCAAAAAGGUUGAUUGGUCGUAAAUUCAGUGAUCCAAUGGUUCAGAGUGACAUGAUAUGUUGGCCAUUUAAGGUCAUUCCUGUCACUGACAAGCCUAUGAUCGUGGUAACCUACAAAGGGGAGGAGAAACAGUUUACUGCUGAGGAGAUCUCCUCAAUGGUACUUACCAAGAUGAAGGAUAUCGCCGAGGCAUAUCUUGGAUCAACUGUCACGGAUGCUGUUGUGACUGUGCCUGCUUAUUUCAAUGACUCCCAACGUCAGGCCACCAAGGCUGCCGGAUCCAUUGCCGGCCUUAAAGUUUUGAGGAUUGUCAACGAGCCUACUGCUGCAGCAAUUGCAUAUGGUAGUGAUAAAAGGGUUACUAGCUCUGUGGCCAAGAAUGUGCUCAUUUUUGACCUUGGUGGUGGGACAUUUGAUGUGUCUGUGGCCACGAUUGAGGCAGAUGUCACUGAGGUGAAGGCGGUUACUGGCGAUACUCAUCUUGGAGGCCAGGAUAUGGAUAACAGGAUGGUGGAUUACCUCAUGAAAGAGUUUAAAAGUAAGACGGGUAAGGAUAUUAGUCGGAAUGCAAGAGCUAUUAGGAGAUUGAGGAGUGCUUGUGAAAGAGCCAAGAGGGUCCUUUCCUCUGCCUUCGAAACCCCAAUUGAGAUUGAAUCGUUGUUUGAGGGGAUUGAUUUGUUUUCAACCAUUACUCGUGCUAAGUUUGAGGAACUUAACAUGGAUUUAUUCAUCAAGUGUAUGGAUCUAGUCAAGACAUGCCUGAGUGAUGCAAGGAUGGAUAAGAGUAGUGUGGAUGAGGUGGUGAUGGUGGGCGGGUCGAGCAGGAUUCUGAAAGUGCAGGAGAUGUUGAAGGAGAUUUUCAAUGGGAAGGAGGUGUGCAAGACCAUUAAUCCAGAUGAAGCUGUGGCGUAUGGUGCUGCGGUGUUGGCUGCUAAGUUGAGUGGCGAAGGGGAUGACAGUGUGCAAAAUGUGGUUCUUUUGGAUGUUACUCCUUUGUCUCUUGGUAUUCAAUGCGAUGGAGAUGUGAUGAGCGUAAUUAUUCCAAGGAAUACACCUAUCCCAACUAGGAAGGAGAAACAUAAUUUCGCAACAGUGGUGGACAAUCAGACCAGUGUUGCGUUUCCGGUGUACGAGGGUGAAAGAAGCAAGGCUACAGAAAACAAUCUGUUGGGUAAUUUCAGUCUCAAAGGCAUUCCAGCAGCGCCCAGAGGUGUUGCUAAAUUCAAAGUGUGCUUCAACAUUGAUGAGAAUGGUAUCUUGAAUGUGUCCGCGGAGCACAUGGAAACUGGGUUGAUGAACAAGAUCACCAUCACGAACGACAAGGAUAGGCUGUCUAGUGAAGAAAUCGAGAGGAUGAUAGAGGAUGCGGAGAAGUACAAGCUGGAGGAUGAGGAACACAUGAAGAAGGCUGAGGCCAGAUAUGCUUUAGAGGACUACGCCUACAACUCAAGGGACGCCAUUAGAAGUGCAGCAAAGGUCACAGCAGCAGACAGGAAGAAGAUGGAGAAGGCUUUCCGGUCUUUCACAAAGUGGCAGGUGUCCAACAAACAUGCAGAGGUUUAUGAGUUUAAACACAAGAUGGAGGAGCUGGAGGCUGUUUUCAAUCCUAUCAUUACCAACAUGAAUCAAGAAUGA